CCCAAUUACUGGAAACCCAAGAACGAACUCUUCUGCCAAAAGGUCACUGUAGUAGAUCUCCUGUGGUGUGCGAUUUUUUUAAAGGACAUGUGGAGGUGGACUCUUGCUAGCGCUUCUUCUAUACGCUCCUGUGAACGUUGUGUUUUCACUUCGCAUUCCCGCAUCCGCUCCAGAACAGCCACCACCUACUAGAAAAUGAGUGGCCGCAGCAUGCAAGACAGUGGUCGUCACCGUGUAGAUGACGACCCAGGUGUUCCCCAGGUUGGCAUCUCGGUCGCCGGGCGCCGUGCCAGCACGGAGCGGCCGAAGCGGACAAGCGUGACUUCAUCCCUCUUGCCGGCGAGGACCUCCGUCGGCUUGUUGCACGUAGGCGGAACAGGCGCAGGACCCACUGCUCCACAGUCCGCUUCUUCCAGUGCGACGUCAAGUAGCAGCACUGCGUGGAAUUUUCCGGUUGGCAAGUAUGUCGUUCAGCACAUGGAGCCAGCCACGAUUGCCAGUGGUCCCGUGCAAAGUAGGGACAGCAGGCCGCCUCCACAAAUCAAAAUCGUGAAGCAGCAGAUCCGAUUGGAAACGCCACAACUCACGGUCGCGGGCGCGUUGCCAGUAUCGAUGCGGACGCCCUCGUCUGCGUCAUCAGCAUCCUCUGCGAGGCCGCCGACCUCAGCAGACAAGCCCCCAGACAAUGUGGGCCAGAAAAAUGCUGGUGCGCAGCAGCAAAAUUCUCGGCUCACAGGAGGUGCACCACCACCUGCUGCAAAACACAUCGCAACGAGCCCACUCCGGUCGCGUGACAUCAUGAAUGAGCGCAUGCGAUCGCCAAUGCGGUCACCGAUCUCCCUUCGAUCUCCGGUUCUCGGCGGCGGAGCGAGAGCGGGAGCGACAAGAAGUGGCACAACUACCGGGAUAAACCAGAAAAUGCAGCAGAGCAAAAGUCAACAGAUGCUUUAUUUGGGAGCGAACGCUAGAAGAACCUCUGCUGGACCCGCUGCGAAUCAGUUUUCGUUUCCGAGCUCUGCCUCAUCGUCGUCCAGUGCGUCUUCGGUCACCACCAAUAACGAUGCCAUUGCGUCAAUAGCUCGUGUCGCCAGGCAUUCUGAUUCCUCCGACACACUGCCGCAGAGGCCGGCAAAUAUCGGUGCCAAGAAGAUUGACUCUCGCCCAACUACGACGAAUCAUGCGCAGCAAGCAACUGCCGGCACAAGCAACACGACGAACUUUGUGCGGUCGGAGAGGUUCAUCGCGACUCAAACAGCAUCGGCGUCCUCAAGCAGCUUCAAUCCGAAGCAAACAUUCAACAACUUGAAGAGGCCAAGCGUGUUCCUGUUCGCGGAGGAGGCCAGUGGUGCAAAAGGAAAUUCGGCUGGAGAUCAGGUGCCCGGGCAACAAGAUACAGCUGCGAAUAAGAAGGCGAAAGUCGAUGGAACAGCGCCCGUCCCUGCGCUGGACCUGCGAGGGUUGCACGGGAAUCGGCCCCCAGAUCCAAACGUCAUGCAGAUGAACGUCGCAGAAACGAGCGCACCGCCUUCGGCGAAAACCGGACCAGCACCUGUUGCUGCUACCACAUCCUCAAUGUUAGGUAACUUUUUCUCGAGCACGACUCCCGCUGCAGCGGCAAGUACUAGUGUACAGUUUGUCACCACAUCAAGUUACGGUGGCGCAGCUGCGGCAAGUAGUGCUCAGCCAGCAGAAGCCGGAGAGCACGUGAACCCCGGUGCGUGGGCAGCCGGAUUAAGUCUUUUCGGCGCCGUGCGACGAAACACACAGGAGCACCACUACCACCACCAUGGGCCGGACUUGCUGGAUCUCCACACCUACACCGACCAAUUGAGGAACAAAUUUAAGCAGGUGGAACUGCGUGUGCACCCGGGGAUCAGACAGAACCAAACUGGACAGAGUGCGGGCGUUGGAGCAGCGGUAGGAAGUUACGGGUACGGCACCUCCAACAUGCCGUUUGCCGGCUACCAUCCUGGUGGGCCACCACCUGGAAAUAAUACAGCUAGCGCAGGAAGUAGUGCUGGUGCUUUCAACAAUAACAAAAGGCGCAACGAAGAGAGCGAGGAGGAGGAAAUAGCACUGUCCUCAUCCGUUUUCGGAAGGGAUUUUCACAUUGGCGCAACGGCGCAAAAUCAAGGCCAGCCCGAUAGAGCGGAUUCUGCUUACUCCUACAGCAAAUCGCCGUCGAAGCAAAAAUUCGGUCUGACCAAGUCUUCCGCGGCGUCGAUAGCGACGAGACAGCGGACGCACAGCCCGGACGUCGCGGCGGGAACAACGGGGCCACGAAGCGCGAUGAAGAAUUUUACGCAAUACGGCGGGUCGUCCUCGUCUACGUCUAUGGCGGGGCCCGCACCGAGCUACGGGCCUCUGAUUCAAGCUCCGCCAUCCCAGAAGUUGAUGCAUUUCUCGCCGGCUUUUCGGGGCGGGCCCCCGGCGCCAACCCUUUCUGCCGCGAAGGACGGACCCUUUGUCGGGCCGGGGAAGUACGAUAGUUUUUUUCCUCUUUUGUUGGUCCCUCGUCCAGACCGAGUUUCGAUUUCGUAGCAUUGAUCUUCUCUUGCUCUUGCAUCCAUCAUGUGGAUCAGGUUCUCGAAUAUGUUUGUAGUACUACUCUGGCAUGUAGAUGUACGAUCGCAGAAACAUUCAUUUCAGGUUUGGCUGGCCUGCAACUGACCCGACUCUCGGCAUGGGUGUCAUCCGCAAGAAAAACACUCACCACGGCAUCGACUCGCACGCCAUAACCGGAAAGUCGGAUUCCGCAGGUGGUGGCGCUGCGAAUGAGGAUGACAAUCGAUCACUCUCCGCGCGGAACAGGGCGAGGAAACGCAGGAUGAAGGCAGACUACGUGAAGCACGAGAAGAAGAUCAGCGAGCACUCGAUCACCCAGAUCCUCUCCUUCACGACCAGUUUCACCCGGGAGAUGGUGGAGGCCAUCGUCGCGCUCUCCUCCCUGGAGGAUGAGCGCGAAAUCGCGUCCCUCAUGCUAGAGCUCGACACUUUUGCGCACGUCGAGAACGUUGAUUUGUUAAAAGACGUGAACGGCGCGCAAAUGGAGGACCUCGUCGCCAGCUUGGAGAUCUACAGCAGCGUCCGAGCACGGGAAACGUGGAAGCCGCAGUUCGACUGUUUGCGUCUCCCGGACGGGCGGAAAAUCGCGUGGCCGGACCAGUCCGCGUUGGAGUUCGAAAAUCCGGGUGAAGAAGAGUGGCUGAAGCAACAGCUGUACGGAACGAAAAGGCAGCGCGCCACGGCGAAGCUGAAGCGCUUAUUGCGAAUUUGGGUCUUUCGAUCGAGAUUAGGGAAUUACGUUUCCGGCAUGAAAGACUGGCCGACGGCAUUGCAGCAACAGAUCAUCGCCGACCGAAGGGAACGAGCGGCCAGGGUGAUUCAAAGAAAACUUCGGGUGAGGAACAUGCAUCGAUUGAUGAGAAAAGUAGUAGCGGGGGAAAUUAAAUUACGGAAAUUGGUGAAAGAGCAAAGAGAAGUUGACAUUUUCCACCACGAGACGGCAAUGGCGAUCAAGGUGCAGCGACGCUUCCGCGGCAGGAAGAUGCGCGCGAAGUUGAUGCAAGCCCUUUGGGGCGCGCUCGACAUUGAGGAGGAACUUCACAAGCAGCGGGCGAAAGAAGACAAAGAGGAGAGGGACGCGCUGGAAAAGCAAGCCUCCACCUUGAUCCAAAAGUGGUGGAAAACCCGGCACAUGCGGUGGCUUUUCAAGAAGGUCGUCGAUGGCGCGGUGGAUUUCAACCGGUUGAUAAAGCGCAGGAUCGCCGAGGAGGAGCGGCUGGCCAGACUAGAACAACGACGGGUCGCGGCCUGCCGGAUCCAGAAGAUGUGGCAUUCUUGGACGCGGAUCGUGAAGUGGCGCUGGCUGAUUGACGCGAUGCACUUGGAGGCGCGGAGGCAAAAGGCGGAGCGGAUCAGGAAAGCGCACGAAGCGAAGUGCAGACGGGCGUGCAACAAGAUCGGGUUCUCCUACAAGGCGAUCAAGUUCCGACGCGCGAUCGAAAAAAUGAUGUUGGAAUUAAGGAAAAAGCGCGCGGUAUCCUGUGUAAAAACAUCCCCACACCAUAGUGAAGAUGAGAAGUCUGCAACACAAAUCCCAAAGUUUUGGGAGUUCUGCAUGACAAAUCUGGCCCCGUAGUGCAAUCCUGUUUAGCUAGUUAAGCAGCAUCACAGAUGUAGCACAUCAUGCCGAUUGGAGCAUGACAAAUUGCCAAACUGAACUAAAAAAUGCCUGUCAUGGGGCUCCGCAUGAGAAGCAUUUUUACCGUGCAGAUUUGCAUGACAAGAACUCUGGGGUGGGGACGUUUUUACAUAGGAUAUGCGGCCAGAAAAUUCAUCAGAGCGGUGCGCGCGGCGAGAUUCCGACGGGAAGUCUACGUCUUCCUCGACAUCAUGAAGCGGCAGCGAAUGGCGAGAAGGCUAGUCCGGUCCUACCGCGCGGCGAAGUGGCGCGAGGCGCUGAAGGGGAUUCUCGUGAAAGUCCGGAUUCAAAUGGCCGAAGAGCGGGCGAGACUCGAAGAGGCAAAAGUCCGGAAAGUGCAGGCAAUGUGGAACACGGCGAAGCUGCGGAAGAAGUUACUGCAGGCAAUGUACGGCGAGUUCGACUUGCGGGAAAAAGUGUACGAGCAAAGAAGGCUAGAAGCGGUGCAGAAAGUCCAGCGGUCGUGGCGCUGCAGGGUCUUUGUCCGACACAUCAAAGCGGCGUGCCGGCCCUGGUGGACGAAAAAGAAAAUCCCGUUAAAAGACGUGGUGAACAACUACAUUUUGAAACAGGCCUGCAUCAAGGUACAACGGCGCUACCGGCACAACAAAUUUCGCGAAAUGAUGCGGAAAAUCGUGUCCGGUGCGGUCGAUUUGUCGAAGAUAUUGGAGAAGCAAAGGAUCGAAGAUGAAAAACGGGAGUUAGCAGAGAAACAACUGAAGUACGCGACGAUGCUGCAAAGGCAGUUUCGCAGUCAGAAGAUGCGGAAACUCCUUCGUCAGGCGAUUUGGGGCGUUGUCGAUCUGCAGCAGCUCGUCGAGCACCAGUACGAAACCGAGGCGCAGCGGGAACGCGCGAAACUGCAGGACAAGAUGGCCCGGAAAAUCCAGUUUAGCUUUCGUGCGUCCCGAACUCGGUACAUUAUCCGCAUCGCGAUCCGAAAGUAUCCUGAGUAAAAACGUCCCCACACCAGAGUUGUAAUGCAGAUUUGCAAAGACAGGAAGACUUGUAAUGCGCAUCCCCAUGAGAGCCAUUUCCAAUCGUGUUUUGGAAUUUGUGAUGCUGUGAACAGGAUGAGCAGAUGAAUCUGUGACGCGGCUGCACUUGCUAACCUGCACUACACUGCAGAGUGCAACUUGUCAUGCGUGACUCACAAAACUCCUAGGCUUGUGUUGCAAAAUCCCCAUCCUGACUCUGGUGUGGGUACGUUUUUACUCAGGAUAGGAAGGAGGUCAACAUCAAAGAGUUAGUCCGUCACCAACGGCGCGUCGACGCGGUACGGCUGUUGGAGCACCGCUGGAAGGUUGGGAAAAUACGAAAAGCCCUGGUCGCGGCGGUAAUCGACGGUCGCGCGCUGGUUAAAAGAGUGCGGGCGGAGAGAAGGAAAGAAGCAAAAGCCGAGGCGGAUGCGCGGGCAGCGAUCCUGAUGGCCAAAGAGAAAGAAGAAAAGGUUGCAGCGGUCAACAAAUUACAGCUCGCAGUAAGGAAGAUGCGUUCCCGGGAAAGACUGCGACAAGUAUUCGAAUCCGCCGGAGACUGGCUGAAGCAGCUGAAACAAGAGGCCGAGGAGGAGGAGAGGAAAAAGAUGACCAUUGCCGCGGUGAAAGUGCAACGCGCGAUUCGGAGACGGCGAACCAGGACUUUGCUCCGCAGCGUCGUUUCUGGGGCGGUCGACCUAUCAAAACUACUGGAGCAACAGCGGCUGGACGACAUCGCGAAUGAGAAGCGCGCGGAGGAAUUGCGGCACGAGUACGCGGGGAAGUUGCAGAACAAGUUCCGUGCACAGAAACUGCGCGGAUACGUGAGCAUGGCGAUCCACGGCGAGAUUGACAUCAAGAAACUCGUCGCAAAGCAGCACUGGAAGGAAACGGCGAAAAAAAUCCAAAAUUGGUUCCGCGCGAGACGGACAAUAAGGAUUUUGCAGCAGUUAGUGAACAAAGAGAUCAACGCGAAGGAACUCGUCCGACACCAGUUUGAAGCGGAUGCGGCAGUGAAAUUACAGAAAAGCUGGAAGGCAAACAAGAUCCGCAGGGCGCUCCGGAGAUUGAGCAAGAAGGGUGCGAAUUUGGCGAAACGAGUUCGGGCGGAACGACGGAAGGAAGCGAAGGCGGAAGCUGAAAAGAAGGCAGCGGAAUUGAAAGCUGCGAUGGACGCAGCGCGAGAAGAGGGCGCGAACAAACUGCAGAAAUCGUGGCGAAAGAUCCAGAUGCGGACGAAGUUGAAGGAAGUGUUCACCAAAGGCGGCACGUAUUUGAAGGAGCUGCAAAUUUUGCAGAUGGAGGAAGAGAGAAAAGAGAGGAUCCGGCUCGAGCAUACCUCGGCGGUGAAAUUGCAGAAGGCACACAGGAACAGCCAGACGCGAAAAAUCGUCUCCGGCGCAGUCUUCAUGUCCUGGCUGGUUGCCGCGAACAUUGCGCACGACGAGCGGGUAGCGCGGGACAAGUUGGAAAACAAAGCGGCAAAGAGUAUCCAGAAAUCUUGGCGGGCCAGGAAACUGAAGAAAACCAUCCGGAGUUCGGUUUUCGGCAAGAAGAAAUUCGCGCACACCGUCAUGACGCAGAAGGCCGUCGACGCCCAGCGUGCGUGGCGGCAGAAACAGGACGACAUGGCACGAAAAUUGCAGAGGCAGUGGAAGGCGAGGCAGGUCCGGUUUGCGGUGAAGAAAUCAGCGUCCGGUGCUAUUCCGAUGAAAUUCCGGGUCGGCAACCAAAAGGCGAAAGAGGAGAAGGCGGAGCAGAUUGCACGAGAACGGGCGAAAAGGAAGCUGGAACGGGAGAAAGCGACGAAAUUGCAGAAGUGGUACCGUCGGACGAGGCUACGGCUAAACAUGCGGGAACUCGUCCUGCGCGCGCUGGAAAAACAGAGACAAGAAGAGGCCUUUGCGAUCAAGUUUGCAGCGGAAACAAAAGCGGUUUUGUUCGUCCAGAAAUGGUGGCGCGGCAGGAAACUGCGGGAGACUCUCCGGCAGUUCUUCCUCGGUGCGACGGAUUGGAUGUUGACGGUCAGAAGGUUGAAGGCGAAGGAAGAAGCGUUGGAGCAACAAAACGCGGAACGAGAGGCGGGUAUCACCAUUGUCCGGUGCAUCCGGAAGCUGAAACUGAGAAACGCGUUGAUCUCCAUCGUGCAGGGCGCAGUCGAGUGGCUCCCCAAACUCGAGGCCGCGCAGGCGGAGGAGGAGAGGAUCGAGCGAGAACGCAUCGAGCGCGAAGCUCGGGAGGAGGCGGAGAGGAUCGCGGAGGAGGAGGCACGGGAAAAGCGCAGGAAGGAACAGGAGACGCGGGACAAGAUUCUGAACGAAUCGAAAGAGAACGUGAAACUCCUGUCCCUCGCGAUCGCCAACGCGUUCCGAAAAUCCACGGAAAAAAUAGUCAUCGAGGAGAACGAAGCGCGAAUCCAGCGGGAAAGGAAAGAAGCAGAAAUCGAGGUGGAAAGGCAAGCGCGGCUCGCGAAAAAGGAGGCCGAUCGCCGGGCCGCGGCGAUCGCGAUUCAGAAAAACGUAUCCUGAGUAAAAACGUCCCCACACCAUAGUCAAGAUGGGGAAUCGGCUAGACAAAUCCACAAGUUUUGGCUGUUUCGCAUGACAAAUUUGGAUUCGUAGUGUAGUGCUGUUUGAUGUAGUUCAGUAGCAUCACAGAUCUAGUAUACCAUGCUGCUUGGAGCAUGACAAAUUCCACAACACGACUAGAAAAUGCUUCUCAUGGGGCUCCGCAUUAGAAACCUUUUCAGCAUGCAGACUUGCAUUACAACUAUGGUGUGGGGACAUUUUUGAAUACGAUAAAACGCCCGGGGGAAGAUGAGCCGGCAGGAAGCGCUGGCGAUCGCUAUCAAAUGUAAAAAUGUCUGGGUCUGGAAGAAUGCAACUUGUGAUGCUGCAUUUGGAUUCCAAAAAAAUCUGUAUUGCAUGAGUACCAAGGGGAAUGCAAUUUUUGCUACGCUGAGAAGGCAUCUGUCAUGCGGAAUACGCAUCAAGAAGCCCUGAAAAAAUCUGUAUUGCUAGGGUAUGCAUCACAGACAUCAUAGCUCACGCAAAGCGUGCAUGACAAGUGUCACAAUCUUCCAGACCCAGACACUUUUGCAUUUGAUAAUCGCGCAGAAGCGACAAGAUGAGGAGGAAGCGCGGAUCGCGCUGCAUAAAGAAGCCGAAGCAGUUUUUACCGCGAAAGACUUGUUCGAAGCCGCGGUGGAGGAACAAAUCGAGCUCGUGGCAGAGAAGCAACUCAUAGAAAGCAGAAUCGCCCUGCAAAAGCACCGCGAUAUGGCGUCGGACAGAAUCAUGAUGGCCUACCACGCGCAGCGGAAACUCGAGGCAUUACGCGAGCAGGAGGAACGGCAGAAACGCGCGAAAGACCGGCACACCAGGCGGAGCAAGGAGUUUGCGAGAGAGAAAAGCGUCUAUCACGAGGAGGACGAUUUGCCGAGGCCAUUGCCGGUCGCAGAGGACGUUUUUACCCGGGGUCCUUCAAAGGAGUCUGCUCUCUCCAUCACGGAACGGCGGGAGAGCGCGUUUUCCGGUGAUGCAAGGUUAGACAGAGCCGUGAAGACGACGACAGCCGAGGACGAGCUGAUCAAAGCCGCUAUCGAGCGCAAGCGCAAGCUCCGGUCCAAAGUUGACGCGGCUAUGCAGGAUGUGACACUGGAGCCCUUGCGGCGGAAAAUCAAACUGCUGUUGCAGUCCGCGCAUCGAGGACAACCCGUCACGGAUGCGGAUGUCACGAAUGUGUUAGGAGAUGUCGUGAAGAAAAAGUACUGUUUGAGUUUCUUUUUUGCUUUACGCCUUCCCUUUCGUAAUACGGUCUACACCAUGAAAUAAAUCAAACUGCGCGACACCAUAGUCGUACUUGCCUGUAGAUCAUGCCAAACCCACCAAAAACCAGACUCGACGCGGCCGUCGAACGCAGCAACGACGACGUUCGGCAGAUCGAAAAGGCCUUCCUUGGCGUUCGCGAUGGGAAUGACCUCGACACCAUCGAAGAAUCUCUGGACGAUCUGGAGGGAGCGUUCGAGAGACUCAUGACCAUUCAGGACCAGGACCCGAGGGACGUCAACGCGAACUUCUUUCUGCCAGAGGACUUGGCGCCGGAAGUGCGAUUGACAGUACUCCUUAGCACGACCACGACUAGAACUGCUCGGACGCUUUUUAACUUAGCCUGAGCUUACUCGUCCUGCUUUCCUUUUGAUGCAAAAUGGUUAUGUCGUAUCAACUUUUUCUUUUUAUCAAUAGGAGGAUCUCGUAUACCUGCAGUGCCCUUGGGUACAGCGGUCAGGCUUAGGCCGGUUAUUAGCUAGUCCUGUUCGACACCAGGCGACCACCGGAGGAGAAGGGGUGGCCAGGUGGUUGGUCGAAGGUUAGGACGUGGGCCACGGAUGAGGAGGUAGUGGCACUAGUCCUUGAAUGCUUGCGGCAAGAGGAGGCGCCAAAGGCAAACUCCCACUAGGUGGCCGGUCACUGCUAAAACGGGCGGUGAAACGUCACCCGGUGUGCAGAUAAGAUUCUUCUUGUCUGCAGAUACUCUUACCUUCAGGAUUGCUCAAUACUAUGCGAGAGGAUUUUUCCCGCUCACCUUAAGAAGCGCACACGUCAUUCUUUUUAUCAUAUCAACUAGUACUUACCCCAAAUUAAUAUGAACCGACAAUUCCAGCUUCCCAUCGUCCCUGGCACCCCGGUUCCUGGCGCGCGGUACCGCGACACCACCAAACCUGCUAGGGCCAGUUCCAAGAACGCUAUUCAAAUGCGGCUUGCUCACGAAGUCCUCAACGAAAAAGCCGGCUACAAAAAGCCGGAGAACAAAACGGGUGAUCUGAUCGGUAAAACAAAAACUGAUUUAGGUUUUUGCGAUAGUACUCGAAAUUUCAUCACGCUUUGAGCUUUGUACGAAGUUCUUCUUCCUCUUGCCGGAGCGCAUGCUCUCAAAAUCAAAAAACCCCUUGCACAAGUAGAUCACUCAUCACAUAACGCUACCAACUUCUUACUUUAGGUGUCCGAGAAACCAAAUCCGCCGCGGCUGCAGAGCUGAUGCAGAAGCUUGUGAGCAAGCUGGAAGUUCCGCUCAAGGUCGACUUCGCACGGUACAAGAAAAAAGACAUCGCCGAUGGUGUGACGCAAGCAUCUGAGUUGCUGAGAUUGAACAUUUACGCGCUACGCCGACUGGAGCACGAGCAAAGCCUCAAAAAUGACAAGGGAACGUGAAGAAGGUGGCACUUUUCCCGGUUUGGUAAGCAAGUACUUACCUAAAACAAGACCCACAUCUCAAGUCUGCAGCAGAGCGCUGUCAAAUAAUAUGAACUGAACAAUUCAUUUUUUUCUUAUUUCAUCUAACCCAAUUGGUGACCCCAAAAACUUAGAAGAAAGAAUUUCUGUUUCAAAUUCAAUGUGAUUUCGAAGGUAAACAGCACCUAAAAAAACCUUUCCCGUUCCAAGAAAACUAGAAACAAAUGCCGCGAGAGAAAGAGAGUGAGUGUGCAUAUAAUGUGACAAUGAAUGCGCCCACCGGUAGCUGGUUUCUUUGCGAGGUGACCAGUAAGCGAGCGCUUGACCAGGCGUCGUUGCAGCGAGCGACAACUACUUUGUAUAAUCUUCCAGUAAGGAAACUGAAACACAGAACGCAGAAGAACUUAACAAGAACUUGUCCAACCUGAACCUGUAUGAACAACUGUAAAAUCCACCUCGAAGCAGAAGAUCUACUACUUGUGGCAGCGCUCCUCCUGACAGACUUGCUAAGCGUGGCGAGCCCUUCACGAUAGCGGCGUGCGUAAAAA